AUGUCCUCCGCGCCCGCGCCGCCCGUGCGCGUCGGUCACGCGCUGAGUGGGAUAUUCGUCAUCAACCUGCGCGGAGACGUGCUGCUGAUGCGCGCGUACCGCGAAGACAUCGAGCGACACGUGUUGGAUGCAUUUCGCACGCAGAUCCUGAAUCCGCGCGACGACGGAUUCGCCACGGAAGCGCCGGUGCGAAGAAUCGGGAGCGUGACGUACAUGAUGAAACGGUCGAGAGACGUGUACGUGGUGGGGAUCGCGCGCGGGCAAGGCGAACGGGGCGGACCGGGCGACGCGAAUUUAAUGCUCGGAUUCACGUUCCUGGGACACGUCGUGCGGCUGUGCAAUCAAUACUUUGGCGCGUGCGAUGAAAACGCGAUCCGUGGGAACUUUGUGCUGAUGUACGAGCUGCUGGAUGAGAUUUGCGACGACGGGUAUCCGCAGAUAACCGCUGGGGAGACGCUGAAGACGUACAUCACGCAGAAGGGUUCUAAACUUGAAGGUGCGAUCGGAAAAGAGGCGAUGGAACGGAGCGCGGCGGAGGACCAACGCCGGGCGAUGGAGGCGGCGAAACAGGUGACGAGCGCGGUGCAAUGGCGAAGAGAGGGGUUAUCGUAUAAGAAGAAUGAAGUGUAUUUGGACAUCGUGGAGAGCGUGAAUCUGAUGAUGAGCGCGGAAGGCACGGUAUUGCGAGCGAACGUGCAGGGUUCGAUUUACAUGAGGACUUUUCUGAGUGGGAUGCCAAACCUCAGCGUCGGGCUGAACGAUCGCCUCGGGGAGACGACGCGCGUGACGUCGCGCGGCGAAGACGCCGAGACGAGCGCGGCUCGCGAUCGAAGGCUGAUCGACCUGGACGAUUUACAGUUUCAUCAGUGCGUGCGACUGGAUAAAUUUAGCGCGGAAAAAGUGAUCGAGUUCACCCCGCCCGAUGGCGAGUUCGAGCUCGUCAAGUAUCGCGUGUCGGAUAACAUCACGCUUCCGUUCAAGCUCAUGCCCGUAGUGAAGGAACUCGGUAGAACGCGUCUGGCCGUCACCGUCAACCUACGCUCGCUCUACGGUCCCACGACCGUGGCGAACGAAAUUAAAGUGCGAAUCCCCGUCCCCAAGCUCACCGCGCGGGCGACGAUCAACGUGAGCGGGGGCAAGGCCAAGUACGUACCCGAGGAGGGCUGUCUUCGCUGGAAAAUCAAAAAGUGCGCGGGUCACGAGGAAUACCAGCUCGACGCCGAGGUCUUACUCGCCAACACGCUGGAGGACCACAAACCUUGGGUGCAACCGCCGAUAAACAUCGCGUUUCACGUCCCGAUGUUCACCGCCUCGGGCUUGCGAGUGCGCUUUCUCGAAGUCAAGGAGGCGUCCAACUACGACGUCGUCAGGUGGGUGCGAUACUUGUGCCAGAGCGGCGGUUCGUCGUCGUCGUCGUACGAGAUUAGAUGCGCGUGA